AUGCCUCCCCUCUCUUUCAGCGAUACCCUUCCUUUACCCAACUCCUCCGUUCGCAUACCCCGCCUUGGAUUCGGAGUCUACCAAUCCCCAGCCUCUGUUUGCGAACAGUCGUGCCUUUGCGCCCUACAAGCUGGAUACAGACACAUUGAUACCGCGCAGUUUUAUCACAACGAAGCUCAGGUAGGGGAGGCGCUGCGCAAAUCAGGUCUCCCCCGCUCGGAGGUUUUCAUCACAACCAAAAUCCUCUCUGCUGGAGGAAGCGUUGAGAAAUCAUACAAAAAGUGUCUCGAGAGCGUGGAGAAGAUCGAUCCAGGCCACGAUGGCUAUGUGGAUUUGUUCUUGAUCCACAGUCCCAAUGCGGGCAGCGGCAAGAGAAAAGAGAUGUGGCAGGCUCUUGAAAAACUUUACGAGAAGGGAAAGGUUAAGAGCAUUGGUGUGAGCAACUUCGGGGUUGGGCAUAUUGAGGAGAUGAAGGACUACGCAAAGGUGUGGCCGCCACACGUUAAUCAGAUCGAGUUGCAUCCAUGGUGCCAACAACGAACCAUCACCGAUUACUGUCACAAACACGCCAUCGUCGUUGAAGCUUACUCACCGCUGGUCCGAAAUUAUAAAGCCAACGAUCCCACACUGGCCUCCCUGGCCAAGAAAUACAACAAGACUACGCCACAGAUCCUCGUCAGAUACUGUCUGCAGAAGAACUGGGUUCCUCUUCCGAAAAGUGACACUCCAGACAGGAUCAAGCAGAACGCCGACGUUUACGACUUUGAGCUAUCUCAGGACGCCAUGGACGCGCUGGAUGCGCUGGACCAAGGGGACGCUGGAGCAAUUGUCCAAGCUGUGCGCAACGGAUAG